AUGAGUGAGGGCAAAGGUCACUCUGAUAUAAGUAUGGAGAAUGAAGGUCAGUGUAACGUUGUGACGACCAUCUGCGCUGUGACUUUUGUUUACUUCCACUUUGACAGAAAUGGCGAGACGAAAGAGUGUUGCAUAACGUUCCUUAGCUUUUCGCAUUGUUCCCGCUCUUUGGGUUCCUUUGUUCCUCCGAGACAUCUCGGGGAGAAGGCAGUUGGUGUAUAUGCAGAAUUCCCGAAUGACUACUUGGGACGAUACAUGUAUAAAAUUUCCGGCAUUUUGGACGAAAUCCAAGCAGUAGAUAAUUAA